AAUAGUUUGACCUGUAGCCUACAAAGUCAAAACCCUAAUCAAGAACACCUGCGUCAUGCUAUAUAUAAUCCACCGCUACCACUUUUCAUUUCUCACAAGGGGCGGCUAACCAGAGCACAAAACUCUAAUUCUAAGAAAGUGAGCAACAAUGGCUGUCCCUCUUCUCGACAAGAAGAUCAUCAAGAAAAGAGUGAAGAAAUUCAAGAGGCCCCAGAGCGACCGGUUUGUUUCUGUUCAGCCAAACUGGCGUAGGCCAAAGGGUAUCGACUCCCGUGUCAGGAGAAAGUUUAAGGGUUCCACAUUGAUGCCUAACAUUGGCUACGGGUCUGACAAGAAAACCCGUCACUAUCUUCCAAAUGGAUUUAAGAAGUUUCUUGUCCAUAAUGUCAAGGAGCUCGAGAUACUGUUGAUGCACAACAGGACUUACUGUGCUGAGAUUGCUCACAAUAUAUCUACUAAAAAGCGGAAAGAGAUUGUGGAGCGUGCAGCUCAGCUUGAUGUUGUUGUCACUAACAAGCUUGCCAGGCUUCGUAGCCAAGAGGAUGAAUGAGCUGUGUCUCGUAAUUUUUUGAGAUAAUAUUUUGGAUGCUUCAAAACUAUGUAAUGCGAUACUUGUUAUCCUUGUCAUCUGAUAUCGAUAUACUUUGUUGAAUACAUUUGAGGUGGUUUGGCCUCGGUUAAUGUUUUUGUUUUACAUGUAUUUGAUUCGUCUGUCUGUGUGUAUAUGUUUUAGUUAAAGAUUGAGAUUUCCAGGUGAAGUUGAGAUUAAGCUUUUGUUUGAACUUUGAAGUAUAUCAUGCCUUAGUUCCAUAGCUGUGGACAGGGACCUAACUUAGUAUGCAAAAUUUGAUUAGAUUGGCAAGGAUUUUUCAGGUUCAUAUUUGUAUAAGUUGGGAUACUUGAAAACAAAAUGAAUAAAUUUUUUUGAUGCUUCAGUGCAGCUUUAUCAAAGAAAUUGCA